AAAAAAGUAUGGUUAAGUUUAUUAAUGACGUUUUUGUCAAUAGAUUCUAAGCAAAAAUAAUGUGGGUGUUGUUUUUAAAUUCAGUUAUAUAGUUUUAUGAUUUAGGCAGUGAUAUGGAUUCGCCCCCUAUUAAGCCCCCAAGGGGUGUGAAGCCUGUCAAGGAGACUAGUGGGCUCUUAAUGUCUGUAAUAAGAACAUUGUCUGCCAGCGAGACAAAUGAGCAAAGAGACAGAGAAAAAGCAAAGCUUGAAGCCGAUUUUAAAGUUUGUGAUCAAAAAUUGGAUCGCCUAGUUUCUCAUCAUGAAAAUGAUCUUACACAGGUAAUGCGCUUAUUCGGAACAAUAUCACAAUCUGUUACUGAAAAUCGAGACAAAAUACAUACGGUGAAAGAGAUGUUACAAGAUUGUAAAAAAAAGUUAAGAUGUAAAAGAGACGAAUUAAAGGCCCUAUGGAUGGAAGGGUUAGAAUAUAAAUAUAUGCUUCAAUUGUUGCAAGAAAUUGAAAAAAUGAACAAUAUUCCUAGUCAGUUGGCUACUCACAUGUCACAUAAAAGGUUUCUGCAUGCAACCAAACUGCUGGUAGAAGCUGUAAAAUUAGGAAAAGACCCUUUGGAAGGCGUGGAAAGUCUGAAGGAGUUAAGCCAGGAAUUGGAACAACGAAAAGAGCAACUUCAUCUGCAAAUCUUGUCAGAACUUAAGAAUAUUUUGUAUACUAAACCUUGCCAGCAUAUACUAACAUUGAGGAGACAGGGUUCAGGGAGAGAUGGCUUUUUAAUACACUCACCGUUGCAAAGAAGUAUGAAAGGUAGAUUAAGUGGAAGAAAUCGAAGCAAUGUGUCGCGAAACCUUAUGGAUGAGUUGUCCAAAGUUGGCAGUAAAGAUCUAUUCAGUGACGACUUCAAUUUAGAAGAAGACCUAGAAAAUUUAAAUAUCGAUGAAAACAACAGACAGUAUGUUUCAAUAUUGGUAAAGAGUUUAUGUUUGCUGGAAAAAUUGCCAUAUACUUUAGAUGAAUUGGUAAGAGAAAUGCAGGCCUCGCUAACUCAUAUUAUCCAAAAAUCUACCCAACAUGUUAUAGAUUAUGCUGAAAACGUUGAUUCGAAAUUGGCGCUCAAAGAGUUGAUCAAUAUUCUAUUUGAUCAAUUCAAGGAAAUUGCUGAUUCGCAUUUGAUAUUUCUAAAAUGGGUAGACAAAGGAAUUAAGAUACAUAGAAUUAAUUUAAAACCAUAUGGGUUACAGUACUAUUGGUCUCAAGUUCAAGAAGUGCUGCAAAUAUUUUUAAAUGAUUAUCUGGAUUUGCAAAAUAUGUCCACAGCUUUGCAAACUGAUAAAACUGUAGAAAGUGGUGACAUAUCGGCUUAUUUUUCACGAAGAAAGCAGCAGAGUAAGAAAAAAAGCCUGUUUAAAUUCGAAGGUUCCUCAAGUGCUCUUAGCCUCAGCAAUGCCUUAAAAUCUUCCAAGAAAGAAAAAGUGUUAAUCUGUUCUUCGCACCCCAAUAAUAUACUGGUAGUGUUCAUUCCUUUCAUGUGCUUUACCGAAGAUAUCGAACAAAUGUUAGGUAUGGCACAUGCUUCAUGUUCGUUGUAUGGCUACAUCACUCAGCAUAUAUCAAAUGUUUAUUUGAAACGAAAAUCCGAGGAAAUUAUUGAGCAGGUCGAAAAUGCUUUUAAAGCAGCGGAUGCUUGGAAAAAUACAGUUCUUUUGGACGUAUCUGCUGGAUACAAGCCUCUUCUAGUUAGCACCGUUACUGUAGAAAGAUGUAUACGAGAAUGGAAAGCUAUUCUUCAAUCUCUUCCUUUGUAUAGCGAAAAAAUUGCCGACUAUUCCGUAAACGUUUUGAAAGAAUAUAAAGACACUUGCUAUGCUGCUUAUAGAGGAAUGGUUCAGCCGCAUUCGGAAGAUAAGCGAAUAUGUAGUGCUGCAUGGCUGAAGGAUGAGGAUAUUAACAGGUUUUUAAAGUCUUUACCAAAUUGGCUCAAUUUGAAAGCCCAACAAGAAUAUCAUGCCAGAAGCGAAAGAGGAAGAAAGAUUUUAAGAGAUCAACCAUCAGAAGAAGAGAGCCCAGAAGAUGUUCGAAUGAGGAAUCGAAAGGAAGCAGAAAUACUGGCCAGUAAUUUAGGGGAAGGAGGUGUUUCAUCUAGUGAAAUUUUAUCUGAUAUCUCCCUUCUAAAGGAAUUAGCAACAUUGCAAGAAAGUAUGGAAUGGUUUUCUGUAAGAAUGUUCCAGUAUACGAGCGAGUUCAGAUUAGAACCAUCCAGACUAUCUCCACCUAAACCAGACAAUAAUAGUCACAAUGACUUAAUGCCUCCGGUUUCAAGUUCCACGCUACAUCAGCUGACUAGUAUUGCACAAGAGUUUGAUGAACUAGCUAACACAUGUCUGAUGUUAUUGCACUUGGAGGUGAGGGUUCAGUGCUUCCAUUAUCUACUGGCACAGGCUCAUUAUAAUAAAGAUUCCCACGAGCCAGAUCCUAAAGUAUCUGAAUUGAGUAAAGUAUUAGCAAAUGUUGACGAAGCCAUGACUAGCAGUUUACACCCAAGGAAAUGCAAGUACAUCUUCGAAGGAUUGGGCCAUUUGAUAGCAAAAAUUCUUAUUAGUUCGGCUCAGUACAUACAAGUCAUAAAUGACGCAGGAAUUCAGCGUAUGUGCAGAAAUAUUUUUGCCCUUCAGCAAACUCUUACAAAUAUUACUAUGACUAGAGAGCUCGCAUUGGAUCACGCUCGCCAUUAUUUUGAACUGUUUUUCUUAACACCAGAGGAAAUAUUGAAUGGGAUAGUCGAUAAGGGACCUGAAUUUAGCGAACUUGAAUAUAUGAAUGCAUUACAGCUUCUUAACAGAAGCCAAAAAAAUAAAGAUUCUAGUUCAGUGACAGUGCAUCUUGAAAGGCUCUCAGAUAUUCUAGGAGAAGUGGGUGUGACUGUAUAGGUUUUCUAGUUCAAGGAUUAUGGAACUUAAUUCGUUUUGUUCUAAAUCGUGUCUUCUAAGUACAGAUGUUCAGGCAUAGCAUUGAAUACUUUUCGAUUACGCCAAUAAUCGCAAUUUGCUUUCUUCUGUGCGCGUUUACUAUGGAUUGAAUAUGUUUCAAAUUCUUUUCCUUCGAACCUUCGUUCGGAGAUUUUAAUUUUUUUAAUGUUUAGUGAGUUCGAUUCUUUAAUUCUUUUAUUUGACGGAAAUACGGUUUAUAAUUUUUAAUAAAAUAUAUAGGUAAAUAACAAUUUUUUUCAGUUAUCAUUUAUUUAGAAAAGCUAAUUUUUUAUAAUUGCUUGUAGUUAUUCUUUAUAUAUUUUCUACAUAAUCCGAUGGUCAAUCUUUUUAACACACUCCUAAUUGCAAACGCAGGUUGUUUAAUUAAGUAUCAACCCUGUGGAAAUUUUUAUUCAGUUUAGGUAUCAGCUUUCAUUGAAAAAUGUUAUUAUUUUUUUCAUAAAAAAAUUGUUAUAGCAUAGCAUCCAAUAAACUGUUAGUUUAUAUGGCACUUAUUCUGAAAUCUUUACUUCACAUUUAGGGCUAACAAAGGAGCUAAACGCACACAAAAUUUUCGUAAUUUUUUAAUUCUUCCAAUGCAAAUGAUGAGAAGUAGCAUUGUGCAUGUUUUCGUUCUGUCAGUCUUACUUUUUCUUUUACUUUCUACAUUUUUUGUUUUUGUUUGUUCGCAUGUAAUAUAUUUUUGCACAAUCCUGGUGAUUCAGUUUAUUAACGAAAAAAUUAUCCUUUUCCUGGAUGCAAUUUGUUUGCUUCUGUAUGUUAUGCCUGUUCGGAACACUGCUUCUAAAUAUUAUAUUACCAAUAUGUCAGAAGAAUAUAUGGUCUCUGAUGAUAUAGUUCUAUUGAGGUACAAGUCAAAGAUGUAUUAUAGUAUAAUUUGAUGUAAUAUUUAUUUACUCCACUGUAUAUUAUGAUGGAUGUUAAUCCCUGUUAAUAAUUUGUUUUCAGAUAUAUUUUUAAUAAAAUCAACAUAUUAAAAUAUUUAAAAA